AUGAAGCCGCUCCUCAGUCAACUUAAGCAGAAGCAAGAGGCCCGCCGACAACAAGAGGCAGCGCAACGGCUACUGCACCUAAAACAGAAGCAACUAAAACAACAGCAACAACAACCACAUCAGCAACAUCCACAAAGCAAGCCUGCUUCUAAAAUCUCAAUAGCGGAGCAUUUUAAAAAGGCACCGCUAACAACAGCAGGCCCAAUUGUUGAGGGUCCAACAACCUCAACAAAAGUCAAACAAAUGCUACAAGAACAGCCAAAACAGCCGCAGCAACAAGCAAUCCUACAGCAACAACAGCAGCAGAAACAGCAGAAGCAGAAACAGCAGAAGCAGAAACUGCAGAAACAGCAGCAGCAAAAUAGACGUUUUAUUGUAACAUCAAGAAAUGUGGACUUCAAUCCUAGUGAGGUUCUAACAGAAGAGUCACUAUUUAACAGUUUAGUACCCAUUGCAAAUAGUGAUAAUUGUAAUCGUUCAUUUGAUAAUGAUGUAUCGAAUAAUGAUAAUAUUGUUCUUGAUGAUUCUAAUGUAAACAGUUCAAUAGAAGAUAGAUCCAAGUAUCCAGAGAUCCGAACUAAAGAUCCCAGUAUCCAGAGAUCCGAACCAGAGAUCCAAGCAUCCAGAGUUCCAGGUAUCCAGUGUUCCGGUGUUCCAGAGUACAAAUCUUCAUAA